AUGAGCGCGAGCGCUCUCGUAUGCACCUGUGUAAGACAUUCAUCUGUUUCGUAAGGAGAAACAUCACAUUCCAGCGCGAGUCUUCCAGAGGAAUGCCUUUAUCUUAACACAUUACAUCACAGCAUGAUGUGUGGCAAAUGAUGACAUGGACCACCGCGGUCAAGAUCUCUGAACACAAUGCUGUGAUGACGCGCAGCUCGAUUAAUGCACACAGACGGAAGCUGUCAGAUGAAUAAGCAGCACUUCUGCAGGCAUGGAUUCAAACGAAACAUCUACAGACAAGUUCAUCACAAACCCAUGGAGUGUGGUUUUCCUCUCACUCACACUUUCGUUUCUUGCUGUACUGACGACGGCCAUGAACUGCUUGGUCAUUACAGCCAUCAUCGUCACACGUAAGCUGCACCAUCCCGCAAACUAUCUCAUCUGCUCAUUGGCCGUGACCGACCUUUUGGUGGCCAUAUUAGUCAUGCCCUUCAGCAUUGUCUACAUUGUGAUGGACACGUGGGUCAUGGGUGAAGUCAUGUGCAACAUCUGGUUAAUUGUGGACAUAACCUGCUGCACGUGCUCUAUUCUGCACCUAGCGGCCAUCGCUGUGGACCGGUACCGUGCCAUUACGGACGCCGUGGAGUAUUCGAGAAAGAGGACAACUCAACAGGCCGCCAUCAUGAUCACCGUGGUGUGGGUCCUCUCGAUAGUUGUCUCUCUGCCGCCGAUGCUAUUGAGAGGCCACAAAGAUAAAGAGUGCUUCAUUAAGCAUGAGAACAUCGGCUCCGCGCUUUACUCCACUUUUGGGGCUUUUUACAUCCCGCUAAUACUUAUUCUCAUUCUCUACUACAAGAUCUACCGAGCAGCCAAGACUCUUUACAACAGGAGAGCCAGCUGCCUCAGCAAGUCGGAGAAGAACGGACACAUGAUUCCCAAGUGCAGCGACAGAGAGCCGACAUCUCCAGACACCCUGAGUCCGCCAGAGAAAUCCGUGUCUGAACCCUCUACUGAAGGCGACAGAGCGCGCAUCACUGUGACAAGCCCAACGUCUCAGUCUCGCAGAGAGCGGUCUAUCAGGAAAUAUCGCAUCUCCAGCACGCGUGAAAAGAAGGCCGCAACCACUCUGGGGCUCAUUCUAGGGGCUUUUGUCAUCUGCUGGCUGCCGUUCUUCAUCCAUGAGGUGAUUUUUAACAUCUGUGAAUCCUGCGGUCUCUCUUCUGAGAUGGUCAACUUUCUGACUUGGCUGGGCUAUCUGAACUCUCUCAUCAAUCCACUGAUUUACACCAUCUUUAACGAGGAUUUUAAAAGGGCUUUUCAGAAGUUAAUCAAUUGCAAGAAUUACCUAUAAUGCCCAUGAAGGGAUUACAUCACGCAAACUGAAACUAUUACACUCAAAAAAAUACAGUGCUCAAAGAGCUUAAUUAAAUUGUGUAGUUAUUGUACACAAAUAAAUGAAAUGUUUUGCUGCUGUUGAGACAAUUAGAUUAAAGGGAUAGUUCACCCAAAAAUUAAAAUUCUGUCAUUAAUUACUCACCCUCAUGUCAGUGCAAACCUUCGUUCAUCUUCAGAACACAAAUUAAGACAUUUUUGAUGAAAUCCGAGAGCUUUCUGACCCUGCAUAGACAGCGAUGCAACUGACAUGUUCAAGGCUCAGAAAGGUAGUAAGAACAUUAUUAAAAUAGUCCAUGUGACUGUAGUGGUUCAACCGUAAUGUUAUGAAGCUAUCAGAAUACUUUUUGUGUUCAUAGAAAAAAAAAAAAAGAUUUUAUUCAACAAUUUCUCCUUUUUUAUGCCAGUUUACAUGUACUCACGAGAGUACCACGAUGUAGGCGUGUGCAUUCUUUUGCUUGUAAACAACGUCUUUCUCGCCUGUGUUUUUGAUUGGGAAAUUCUGGACCCGUUCAGGAGUCAGGAGUAAAUAAUGGAAAAUUACGUGUUUGGUGGCGAAACAUCUCAUAAAUAAUGAAAAAUUCCAUGUUUGGCGGGGAAACAUCUCAUUAAUAAUGGAAAAUUCUGUGUUUUGCGGAGAAACUUCUCAUAAAUAACAGAACAUUUCGUGUUUGAUGGGGAAACAUCUCAUAAAUAACAAAAAAUUCCUUGUAUGGCGGGGAAAUAUUGUCUCAAAUAAUGGAAAAUUCCGUGUUUGGUAGAGAAAGAUUUAAUGAUAGAAUUUUCAUUUUUGGGUGAACUAUCCCUUUAAAGAAGUCCACUUUCAAGAACAAAAAUUUACAGAUAAUGUACUCACCCCCUUGUCAUCCAAAAUGUUAAUUUCAGGAUUUUUCUCCAUAUAGUGGACUUCUAUGGUGCCCUGAGUUUGAACUUCCAAAAUGCAGUUUAAAUGCAGCUCCAAACGAUCC